AUGAUGCGCCGAUGCCUUCUCGCAGUCGUCCUUGUGCACCACGCACAGGGGGAAUUGCUCUGUGAGCGCGCCGGGGCUUGCGCUCCGCGUGAAGAGGAGAGUUCCAUCCUGCUCCACACUCGACUUACCAAGGCCAACGUGUCGAAGCACAUGUCCGGCGGGAAGAGGCUGAAUGCUGAGAAACCGCCCCAAGACUAUAGUUUCGAGCGAUACAUGAAGGAUUUCGGGAAGGACUACGACCCCGCCUCCAGCGAGUAUGCAGAGAGGAAGGAGGCUUUCGAAGUGGCAUUGAAGGCUGUUCAAGCCCAUAACGCAGACGCCUCGCAAACAUACAAGCUGGGUCUCAACGUGUUCUCAGACUGGAGUGCGAAGGAGCUCAAAUCAUUGAGGGGUCUGAAGAAGAUGAAAAAGGAAGCCUCUGCUUUCAAGGUGAAGCCCCUCAAUCCUCACAAGCCGGAGAAGUACCCCAAGAAGGUGGAUUGGCGUGAGUCCUACCCGUCUGUGUCCCCGGCGAAGAACCAGGGCCAUUGCGGAUCUUGCUGGGCCUUCGCCACGGCAGGGGUCGUCGAGACCUGCGCUGCCAUAGCGUCCGGAGUGCUGACAAUCCUCUCGCCUCAGCAGCUCGUGUCCUGCGCGGAGAACAAAUUCCAUUGCGGCGGCACCGGUGGCUGCCAAGGCUCCACGGCAGAGAUUGCCAUGGACUACAUCAUCAAGAAUGGGAUGACCUACGAGGACGUGAUCCCAUACGGCGACUUCUUCGGCAACGGCCCCAAGUGCAGCAUUCAGAUGCAGUUCCAUGCCAUGGCGUACAAGAUGGUAACGAUCCAGGGGUGGGUCAAGACGGAGACGAACUCCCUCGAAGAUGUCAUGCACGCCCUUGUGAACUAUGGAUCGCUGGCCAUCUCCGUGGACGCCUCGGACUGGAGCGCCUACAGCUCCGGCAUUGCCAACCCUUGUAAAGGCAAGGACAAUGUUGACAUCGAUCAUGCCGUCAACCUUGUUGGAUAUGGUGAGGAGGAUGGCAUGCUGUUCUGGAUUGUGAGGAACUCUUGGGGCGCAACUUGGGGCGAGAACGGCUACAUUCGGCUGGAGAGGCAGGGGAAGAAGAAGGAGUGCUACAUGGACAAGACGCCCCACCAUGGGAGCGCCUGUGAAGCUGACCCAGACACGCCUGUGGAAGUCUGCGGCACCUGCGGCAUCCUCUACGAUGUGAGCUACCCUGAAGGGUGCGAGGUGGUCGGGGCCGGAAAGGGAGCCGUCGACCGCUGA